GUCAAUUUUUACGAGAUACGUAAAUCGCUAUUUGUCUUUUUCCUCCUCCACAAACAGUUGGGAAAGAUUCUUCUCCGACGCGCCUCCUUGUCCUCGCUUCGUCGUCUGUGAAUCGAUUCAGGUUAAGAAGUAGUAAUGUCACGAGCCACGUACAUAGUCGGUGCCCUUGCGGGAUCUGCUGUAGUAGCCUACAUCUGUGACAAAGUCAUUUCUGAUGAUAAGAUUUUCGGAGGCAAUACACCGGGAACUAUAACUAACAAGGCAUGGGGUGUUGCGACUGAAGAGAGGCUCCAGGCGUGGCCAAGAACCGCUGGUCCUCCCGUCGUCAUGAACCCUAUCAGUCGCCAGAACUUCAUCGUCAAGUCACGCCCUGAAUAAACUGCUUCCCUUCUCUCCCACCAUUCCUUAUGGAUUUCAUUUCCAUAUUAUUUGCUCUUUUGUUCGCCUUUUUUGGCUUUUGAGGAUCGGCUAAUUUCUCUACCUGGCUGUAGUAAUAAUUUGUGGGGAUGAUUGGAUGGAUGAAUACACAUUGUUCAGUCCAAAGCUUUCACGAGUUGCAAUUUUCUUUUUUUGUAACGUUUAAUGAUUUUGACGAUAAAAUAAAAUUCAAGCCAACAAGACUUGGCAGAGGUGGGAUAUUUAUUGUUUUA